AUGGCUAACGAUGACCUCACCUUACUCCUGGAGGGUGACAGGCGUUCCAUGUUUCCGGGCUGCAAUCCGCGCAUGAUCACCGUGUCGACUGACCAGACAAUGCGACAGUGGGAUGUAAAGACAGGUGACGAGAAGCGUUGCUGGUGGCGCCACAAGGCGGCGAUCCUUUGCCUCAGUGUGGACUGGGACACAGACAUGGCUGUGACCGGCUCUGGCGAUCACUCUUUGGCUCUCUGGGAUGUGAACGACGAGGUGCCUGACGACAAGGCGCUCCAAUGCUUCUACCGAGGCCACAAAGACUGGGUGACGUCUGUCGACGUGGACUGGGAUGGAAGGCGGAUACUUUCUGGAGCUGCUGACGGAGAGGUUCGAAUCUGGGAUUUCGACGCGGAGGAGUCUGUGGCCACCCUCUCCGACCACACGGGCGCUGUGUGUUCCGUAGCUGCUGAGUGGGAUCUGAUGCGAGCCAUCUCCGUGGGGCAGGAUCAGAUCGUCAGGAGCUGGGACCUGGAGACUGGCCGCUGCAUCUCACGGCUGGAGGGCCACACCGGGGCGGUCUGGUGUUGCAGCCUGGGUCCUGAUGGGAACAAGGCCGUAACCGGUGCGUUCGACCGUCACCUGAUGGUCUGGGAUUUGAGAAGCAAGUCUUGCGUCAGGGCCAUGCUCCAGCACGGCCGUCAAGUUGUUGACCUUCGUGUAGACUGGCCGACGUUUCAGGGCAUGAGCUGCUCCGCGGACCGCAGCAUCAUCCUCUGGGACCUCGAGGUCGCCGAGCCCUUGCAAAAGUUCGAGAAACAUCCGGGCAGCGUCUGGUGCAUGGACGUUGACUGGGCGGGCCGGAGGAUGGUCACAGGUGCUGGACCAGGAGACAACUCCCUCUUCGUUUGGGACUUCAGAGACGGUUUCGUCGAGCGCCAGAUCCUGGGUCACGAGGGGAGUGUUUGGGCACUGGCCGUGGACUGGGAGGUUGCUCACAAGGCCUUUGAGACAGCCCAAGGAGUGGGUCUGCAGACGGAGGCUGCGGAGGAGCCUCCAGAUUCGCACGUACCAAGCAAGGAGGAGCAGAGUGGUGAGGAGUCGCCAGAGGGCAAAGUUGCUCUCAAGGGGAAGAGAAGAAAAAAGUGGGUAAAGCAGAAGCUGCGGCCGUGGACGCCGGUGGGGGAUCACUUUGCAGCGGCUGCUCAAGGGACGAGGCGCCUUCCAAGCGAUGAGCUCACCGAGCACCAUCAGUCCCUGCUUUUUAUCGAUGCCUUCAUUGUCAUGCCUCCAGCCAAAGAGUGCCCUCCAAGCGCUUGUGUCAUGUGUCCCAUUGACAGUACCGUAUCUUGCCUUCAGCCCGUACCUCCUGACCAGUUUGGCGAAGAUCUGCAGCAGCUGGGCGAAGGGCUGCACACUCUUCACGGAUCUGUGGAGGCGGCAGCCUUCGACCAACUGACAGAACGAGUGUCGGAAGUGCAGGCCUUGCUCGGCCGCGAGAUGGCUACGCUCACCCGCGUGGAGGACCAGCUCGAGGAACUGCGGGCGGAGGUGGCAGCGCCCCGUCCUGGAAUGAUUGAGCAGCAGCAGGAUUCCUUGCGAGUCUCGCGGCUGCUGCAGCAGGAGCGGGCGCGGGCGGCCGCUGCCCGCCUCCGGAACCUGGUAUCGCCUCCCUUCAAGGAGAUUGGCUCGUUGCAUGUGGCAUUCACUCUUUGGAAGCUGCAGUCGCGGCGUCGUGUGGCCUUUGAGUCUUCGCUGGCAUACCGGAAAAAGAUCUCCGAGAGAGCCGACUUGCAGGCCGUGGUGACUGCUUGGCGCAGCAUGUCGAGGCCAUCAAUGGACAGGAUGCUGGACUCGGAGCUGAAGGACCUGCCACCCACCUAG